AUGGGUCAAAGCUACUACGAUCUGGCAACACGUGCCUUGGAUUCCUACCAGGCUCUACCGGAACCAGAUGCGUCCAGAAAACAAAGCAAACGCCUACUCAUAGCCCUUGCCGGCCCACCAGGGUCAGGCAAAGGACGGAUCGCUUCGAAGGUCGCCAGAGUCAUCAACCAGAGCGGUGUCUCUUGCUCCGUGAUAUCAGUAGAUGGAUGCUCUCAGGAUUCACACAACGACACCAGCAGCAUAUCGCCGAAAAGCCCAGCUUGGACUUUCAAAGGAGCAGCGGCCGUCGACCUUGUCCAACAAAUACAAAAACAGACGACAGAAGCAAACGACAUCAAGUCACCGUUUACGAUACAUGUGGAAGAUGUCGAGGCUCACAACUUGAAUGUCGCCGGCGAUGCCUCGAUAGUCAUCUUCGAGGGCCUCUAUGUGCUUUGCGAAGAUCUUCCUUGGGCGAGGAUCCAGGGUCUAGUGAAUGAGCGGUGGUUCGUCGAGGUCGAGCCAGAAGUGGGCAGACAACGAGUAGUCAAGCGUUUCCUCGAUACGGGGUUCGAGAAAGAUUAUGAGGCUGCCUGUACGAGGUAUAAUGAGAACGAUGUCUUCAAUGCCGAAUUCAUCAAUCGGACGAGCAAAGGGAGGGAUGUGACGGUCAAGAGCAUUGACCGACGAGGCUCCACGGGGUCAAGCUAUUGA